AUGCCGGACAACGCGCAAAAAGCGACAGUAGCUGCCGGUUGUUUCUGGGGCGUCGAGCAUUUAUAUCGCAAGCAUUUUGGAAACGGGAAGGGACUGUUGGAUGCCAAGGUUGGAUAUGCCGGAGGACACACAGAUUCGCCAUCGUAUAGGAGUGUCUGUUCGGGUGACACUGGACACGCCGAAGCUCUUCAAGUCACAUUCGAUCCCUCUCUCGUGACCUACCGCCAAUUAUUGGAAUUUUUCUAUCGCAUGCACGACCCGACAACGGCGAACCGCCAGGGCCCAGAUGUCGGCACUCAGUACCGCAGCGCCAUCUUCACGCACGACGACGAGCAGUCGCAAAUAGCAAAGGAUGUGACAGAAAAAAUUGCAAAGCAGUGGUACAAGAAGCCUGUCACUACGCAAAUAAUUCCGGCUGAGAAAUGGUGGGACGCCGAAGAGUACCAUCAAUUAUACCUUGACCGUAAUCCUGGUGGAUAUGAGUGCCCUUCUCAUUUCCUCAGAGAAUUUCCACCGCUGUCGGAGUGA